UCUGUUUACAUGAGACUGGGCCGGCUAGUGGCUGAUAAGAGUGGCUUCUCCCACUGGUCAAGAGUGGUCUUAGGAUGGGAGUUGGCUAGGUUCACUCAGAGGGCUUUAAACUAGGUACGAAGGGGGGUGGGGGUGUAACUGGGGUCACUGAUACAGAGCCUGAGCGUAAUGUCCCUGUGCUUGCAGGAGAGGGAUGUGCUUGUAAGACCCCAUGGUCUUGUGCCCUGGUGGAAGAGGAGGAUGACUCACCACUUUGUAGGAAGAACACGAGGGCAGGUGUGAGGUUGGUGGCUGUGGAAACACCUGAGUGUGGUCAUGAGGGUACUAGGAUUACUGCCACCCACAAAGAGACCAAGCUCAGGUGUCUUCAUACUAAUGCACGCAGCAUGGGUAAUAAACAAGAGGAACUGGAGGUCACUGUGUGUUUGGAAAGUUAUGAUAUAGUUGCCAUCACGGAAACGUGGUGGAACGACUCCCGCAGCUGGAGUGCAGUGAUGGAGGGCUACCGGCUUUUCAAAAGCGACAGGCCGGGUGGGAAAGGCGGUGGUGUAGCUCUCUAUGUUAAAAAAGAGUAUGAACGUGUGGAAAUUAAUAAUGUUGAUGAUUGGGUUGAUAGCAUAUGGAUCAGAAUAAAAGCAAAGGCCAACAAGACUGACGUUAGUGUGGGAGUCUGCUACAGGCCACUCACUCAGGAUGAAGAGGUAGACGAGAUACUUUAUAAACAGUUGGGUGAGGUCCCUAGGUCGCUCCCCCUUGUUCUGGUGGGGGACCUCUGCUCGCACCUGCCUUUGGCCCCCCUACAGCGCUGCUCACUCUCUUCCUUGGUUAGAUGCUGACUGGCUGCCUGUUUAUGAAAUGGAAAAGGAGGCCGUAGAUUGCAUCGAAGACUAUAUCAUCUGCAAGGAAAAGGAUCUGGUGCAGAAGAUGCAGUUCCUGAACUGCAUCUGCUCACUGUGCAGCACUGCUGGAAAAGAGGGCUUGACAGAGGGCCUGGAUGUCUUCUGCUUCCUAAACGAUCUGUCAGAGAACAUCGAGGCUCUAUUGCACGAGGAGCCCAGGGAGCAGCUGAGCACAGCACUGAGAUACCACUGCAUGAAUGCUAUUGCUGUCUUGAGUGAAGUGAACGCAAUUUCAGAAGAUGAAAUGCUACAUCUCUUAAACGUCUGCUGCAAUGUCAUCUUCUACCUUCCCCCAAGGAAGGUCUUGAACAUUUGCCUCUACGACCAUACCCUGAAAGCUAUGGACAACAUGCUGCAGAUCAUGCUAGACAGCCAUCUCACCAGCAGCAUCGAUAAUUGGCUGCGGAGAAUCUUCGAGUUGCUGAAGUCCUUCACCUCCUCCGGGGUCAAAAUUGUGCGUGAGAGGGCCAAGAAGCAGAUCUGGAAGCUUUGUGGUUUCAUGGUCAGCACUUUCAGGGUGCGGGUAAGGAGACAUGAGCAUUCCAGCCUGCUCUCUCUGCCUCUUUUUGUACCCCAGAGCUGCCUCUACAGCUUAGGGAUACCUGAGAGACAAGCUUGGGCACAGGUGGGGGCCCACAGCAUGUUUCUGCCCUGAAGCAAGUGUCUUCCUUUGCCCUUUUCCUCUGGUCUUCUCCCUCCACACCAUGUUCUCACACUCAGUCUGACUUGUCUUCCCUCCCUUUUCUCCCUCCUACCAUAGCUGCUUAGAAAAUUCCUCGACGCUUCUCAGACUACAGGCAUCGUCCUCAUAACCCUUGAAAAGACCAUUGCUGACUGCAGCUCUGAGGACAAGGAGUAUGCCAGGAUUAUACUGGAUUUGGUUUUGAAAGACCUUGGCACCUGGAUGACAGAAGUAAGCAUUCAGAAGCUCUUGGGCAUCUGUAGCCAUUUUAAGCCAACACAGGUCACUGGGAAGAGCAGUAGUCCCAAUGGCAGCAGGGCAAAUGACUGCAGUACGGCAGCAGCAGUAUUCUACUUCUGUCCUCCCAACAGGUGCCAGAGAUUCUGAAGUUCAUCUGCAGAAAGCUGAAAAGAAACAGUGUGUCAGUUCAAGCAAUCCUCCCUUCAGUGCUUGACGUGCUGGCUUGCCAGUUUCCAAGAGAUGUGUUAACAAGCGUGUUGACCCAACUACCACACAGUGACAGUAUCAGCC